AUGCCAGACCUGAGAGUAUUUCCUUCUCUGACAGAAUUGCAGCUUUCGAACAAUAACUUUACAGGCUCCAUACCUGUCAGUAUUAGUCAACUCUCCGAGCUUCGAGUUUUAGAUCUUUCUGGUAAUGCUUUGGAAGAUUCAGUUCCUCUAAGCAUUGGCCAUCUCUCCAAGCUUCAAGUUCUAGAUCUUUCUAAUAAUUCUUUGGAAGGUUUAUUCAGUGAGUCCCACUUCUCCAAGCUUCAUAAGUUAAAGGCACUAGAUCUAUCUUCGAAUUCAUUAAUCUUGGAUAUUGCCUCUAAUUGGUGUCCUCCUUUUCAGUUGGAUAGUUUAUGUUUAGUCGGGUGUAAUGUGGGCCCAUAUUUUCCAAAAUGGCUCCAAACUCAGAGGAAUUUGGGAAGACUUUAUCUCACUAGCGCCAACAUACGAGAUAAAGCCCCCAAGUGGUUAGGAAGAGAUGCGCAAGUGAGAUGCAUCGAGAGGGAGCGGGAGGCUCUUCUUCGCUUCAAGAAUGGCCUCAUCGAUGAGCAUGGUAUGCUCUCGUCAUGGCAAAUUGACGAAUGCUGCAGAUGGUAUGGUGUUGUGUGCAGCAACACCACUGGCCAUGUUAUUGCCCUCCGACUUCAUAGAAAUGAUAUGUUCGAACAUGAUCAAUAUUUGAGAGGUAUGAUUGGCUCUUCAUUGGUUGAGUUGCACCAUUUAAAUUAUCUUGACCUUAUUGGGAAUGAUUUUGGAGGCAUUCCGAUCCCAGAAUUCAUUGGUUCCAUGAAACAAUUACGACACUUGAAUCUUUACUGGUGUAACUUUUCUGGAAGCAUUCCUUCUCAGUUAGGGAACCUUACCAACCUACGCUCCCUUGACCUUAGUCAGAAUGAUUUUGGAGAAAUUCCUAUCCCAAAAUUCAUUGGUUCCAUGAAACAUUUACAACAAUUGUCUCUUGUGUAUUGCCACCUUUCUAGGACCAUUCCUCCUCAGUUAGGGAACCUUACCAAUCUACGCUCACUUGACCUUAGUAUGAAUGAUUUUGGAGGCAUUCCGAUCCCAGAAUUCAUUGGUUCCAUGAAACAAUUACAACAAUUGUCUCUUAUGUAUUGCCACUUUUCUGCGACAUUCCUCCUCAGUUAG